AUUAUUUUUAAAAUACUUUAUUAUCAAACAUGGCCUUAAAGACAGUCAAUGGCCAUCAGUCAAACCUAUAGCUUGCUUUGGGUUGGUGUACCUGCUCACUCAUUUUGUUCUUGGCCGCCAUGUUCAAUUAACUAAUGCUCCACAACAGAAAUCUUCUGAAUUGAUAUGGAGUACUAUUGUUCGGUUAGCCAUGUUAGACCAAAGCCUCACCAUCACCAUCCUUUUUCUUUCAUUUCUUUCUGCUCCACCCUGGGCUGGGACCGGCGGCGAGCCGGAGUUGCAAUUGGGUAUUUGACUCUUGCCCCUUGGUCUCUUCCUCCGUUUCCGUCAUCACGCCCCUUCCUUCCCGGAGCCUUCCAUGGUUUCAUCCUUUAAAGGAAGCACCAUCUGCACAGCUUCACAGUGGACUGAAGUAAAUUCCACUUAUUUAGUCAUAUCGUACAAGACAACAAGUGUACAGCUGCACAAGACAGCCUAGCAGAGCAGAGAGCAAUGGCCGCCACGCCGGAGGAGUUCCUGGGGCAGCAGAGUUUCCUUGCGCGCCUGGAGCCGCCCUCGCCGUCCCUGUUCCUCGGCCUGCCGCCGACGCCCCGUGGCGUGGACGAUAGGGACUCCUCGUUUGACGACAUGGCGCUGCCCUACAUCUCGCGCCUGCUGGAGGAGGACAUGGAAGACCACUUCUUCUACCUGUACCCCAACCACCCCGCGCUCCUCCGGGCGCAGCUGCCCUUCGCGCAGAUCCUCGUCGACGUCGCCGACAGCGCCAGCGGCUCCACCUCCGCGCUCUCGCCGUCCUCCUCCACCUCCACCUCCACCUCCGACGCCACAACCCCCAGCACUACAUCGCCCUACGACGCAGCAAUCCAGAUCUCACGGCUGCCCUACACCCAAGUACUUGGCCUUGCCUCAGGUUCACCGGACACCCAGAGCUCGGCGCUCCUCAGCGGCGACGAGGAAGCCCAAAACCCUAGCUCUGACUUCGUCAUUGGGAAUUAUUUGUUGCCCGGCGACCAGGACAUGCUCAACUUGUCCUUCCUCAAAGGCAUGGAGGAGGCUAGGAAGUUCUUGCCGCCCAACAGCAGCCUCCCGGUCCCGGCCAUGAAGGUCGAUCAAGCGGUGGACGGAGCGCUCGCUGGAGCCGGCCUCAAGAAAAAGAGGGACACGCUAGAGCCAGACAUGGGCAGGGCCAGCAAAUUGAUGACGCCGGAGCAGGAGGAGGUUGGCGCACGCGAGAUGUUCGACGAAAUGAUGUUCCAGGAACACGAGAUAUGCAUGAAGGGGGUUCAGCAGCUGUGCCUGCGCAUCGCCGUGGACGGUGAACCCGGGAAGAACAGACGGAAGAAGGGGCGGCCAAGGCAGGACUCAAGUGAUAGUGAGAUGGUGGACCUGCAAACGCUGCUGCUAAACUGUGCCCAGGCGCUGUCCACAGACAACCGCCGGACCGCAAGUGAGCUGCUGAAAAGAAUCAGGCAGCAUUCUACCCCAAAGGGCGAUGCGGCGCAAAGGCUGGCGCAUUAUUUUGGCGAGGCGCUGGAUGCACGGCUGGCGGGUAGGGGGAGCGAGCUGUACCAGUCGCUCAUGGCAAGGCGUACCUCGGUUGCAGACUUUCUCAAGGCCAACCAGCUUUACAUGGCAGCUUGCUGCUGCAAGAAGGUGGCCUUCAUCUUCGCCAACAAGACCAUCUGCAAUGCUGUGGUAGGGAGGAGCCGGUUGCACAUUGUGGACUAUGGUCUGAGUCAAGGACUGCAGUGGCCGGGCCUGUUACGUAUGCUUGCAGCUCGAGAAGGUGGACCACCAGAGGUGAAGAUCACCGGCAUUGACCUUCCUCAACCUGGGUUCCAUGGAGCCUACCACAUCGAGGAGACAGGGCGCAGGCUCAGCAACUUCGCCCAUGUGUUCGGUGUGCCGUUUAAGUUCCAUGGUAUUCCAGCAAAGCGGGAGACUGUGAAGCCGGAGGACCUGAACAUUGACCGUGAUGAGGUGCUUGUGGUGAUUAGUCUUUGCCAUUUCAGGCUUUUGAUGGAUGAAAACCUCGGCUUUGAUACUCCAAGCCCCAGGGAUCAGGUCCUCAACAACAUCAGGAAGAUGCGCCCAGAUGUGUUCAUCCAUGGCAUUAUGAAUGGCUCAUAUGGUGCUACAUACUUCCUGACACGGUUCAGGGAGGCACUGUUCAAUUACUCGGCCCAAUUUGACCUGCUGGAUGCCACAGUCCCCCGGGAUAACGAAGGGCGUCUGCUUCUUGAGCGCGACAUCUUUGGGCGGUCUGCCCUGAAUGUCAUUGCAUGUGAGGGCGCAGACCGGGUGGAGCGCCCUGAGACAUACAAGCAGUGGCAGCUCCGGAACCACCGGGCUGGGCUGAGGCAGCUGCCACUGAAUCCAGAUGUUGUUAGGCUUGUGCUGGACAAGGUUAAGGACAACUACCACAAGGACUUCGUCGUUGACGAUGAUCAGCGGUGGUUGCUGCACCGGUGGAAGGGGCGUGUGCUCUAUGCCCUGUCAACAUGGGUUGCCGACAAUGCAACUUAACUUCUUUUCUAAAUCAAACUUGGAUUAUUGACAUCAAUAGAUAUAUCCAUGAUUAUAUUGGUCCAAUGGUUUGCAUUCUAUUAUGUACUUUACAUGGCCAGAGCAAACCUGAGCAGCAAGGAAUACUGAGCCUGAAGGAGGUUACUGAUUUGGUCAAGUAUGCAGAUCGUGGCAGGGAUAUAGGAGUAAAGAUUAAGCAUGAUGACCCAUUGUCCAGACUUUGAUGUUGAGCCUUGGAUAUUCACAGAAACUGUCUGAUCUCUUCGUAGUCUGGUGGAUUCAUGCAAUACUGGCAAGGAAGGUGAAAUUCAAGAUUGGAAGUAAAAAAUCUUGUAGGUUUGAAGUGCUACUGAUACUGGGGGCUGUAUGCAGUGCAGGCGAUGAGCGGAUCAGGUCUGGAGGUACCAAAUGACUACGUACUCCAUUCAGGAUUGGUUGGAGGGCGUAGUUGUCAAAGAUAGGAGGUCUGGGGCGGUUUGAGUUUAGAUGCCGUCGUGCCUAGUGUAGAUCAAGCAUGGUGUACAUGCUGCAUAAAUGGAGAAAGGUAACAAAUCCUCCAUUUGUUGACCACUUUUAGGUUCAGUCCUCAUACUGCCCCAAUUGAACACCUGUCCAUGUUUGAGUGCUAAGUGCACUUUCAGAACAAUUUCCAUUCAAAUAAAGGUGCUAUUUUAGCCCUUUAUCAUUUUA